GACCUUUGGGUCUGAGGAGAGAAGGGAGACCGAGGCGCCCCUGGUCUCCCCGGCCCGUCAGGACCUGUGACGACGCUCAUCCAACCCGACGGGACCAACGUUACUGUCGUGAAGGGUGAAAAGGGCGAUCGUGGGAGGCGGGGCAAGCGAGGUCGACCUGGUCCCCAAGGGCCUCCAGGGGCUGUAGGGGACCUGGGUCUUCCUGGAUGGCCGGGCGCCGCCGGACGACCUGGCCCACCUGGCCCGCCCGGACUGCCAGGUCUUGGCCAGAAGGGCGAGCGAGGCCAAGUAGGGCCACCCGGACCUCCUGGUCCUCCCGGCCCCCCCUCCGGAGGACUCCUCAACAGCAUCUUGGGCACAAGCAGCAGCGACGUCGCCGAGACCUCCUCGAGAGGCACCGGCGGCCUCCCGGGUCCUUCGGGUCCUCCAGGUCCCCCGGGGCCCCCAGGAGCCCCAGGACCCCCGGCCAGGAGCACGGGGGAGAGCGACGGCGGCCAGAUGUACGUGCCUGUGCCCGGCCCCCCCGGCCCGCCAGGACCUCCGGGACCACCGGGGCUGCCUGGCUACACCGUUGAGGGCCCAGAGGGACCCCGUGGCCCGCCUGGCCCUCCUGGACACACCGUUCCUGGCCCACCCGGAGCGUCUGGGCCAAGAGGUCCCCCGGGAUAUGGCCAGAGAGGAGAAAGCUUGGGAGGCAUCGAAGGCCUGCGCAGGAUCACAGGAAACCUUGGUAACAGAGGACCCCCAGGCCCGCCCGGACCCCCAGGACCCCCGGCCAGUGGAGACCCGUCCUCCUCCUCCUCCAUCGUCCCCGGCGCCGUCACCUUCCCGGACAAAGCCUCGCUGUUGAAGAUGAGCGACAUGUCUCCCGUGGGAACCCUGGCCUUCGUGAUGGACGAAGAGACGCUGCUGGUCCGAGUCUCCGCUGGAUGGCAGUACGUGGCGAUGGGAUCAGUGAUUCCUUUACCCACGACCACCCCCGAGCCAGCCACGACCCCAGAGCCCCCAGUGGCGCGGCCUCCUCCCCUGCAGGUGGACUCUCUCGUCAACACCGUCGACGGACCCAGGCUGAGACUGGCCGCCCUCAACCAGCCAUACACGGGAGACAUGCACGGUGUUCGAGGGGCGGACUACUCCUGCUACAGGGAGGCGCGCAGGGCAGGUCUCAGGGGCACUUUCAGGGCCUUCCUCACCUCCAGGGUACAGAAUUUGGACUCCAUCGUGAGGUACUCCGACAGAAACUUGCCGGUGGUUAAUACGAAGGGAGAGGUCCUCUUCAACACGUGGCGAGAAAUAUUUUCGGGAACGGGAGGAAUAUUCUCUCAGAAGCCAAGGAUCUUCAGCUUCGAUGGAAAGGAAAUCCUGACCAAUUCUGCCUGGCCGCAGAAGUACAUCUGGCACGGCUCCGACCUCCUCGGCGAGCGCUCCCUCUCCUCGUAUUGCGACGCGUGGAACAGCGAGAGCGGCGACGUCGUGGGUCUCGCCUCGUCGCUCCUGAAGAACCGGCUCCUGUCGCAGGAUCGCCUCGGCUGCCACAACUCGUUCGCCGUCCUGUGCAUCGAAGCCACUAGCCAAGCACGGUAUCGGAGGCGGCGUCACGUGACCUCGCCCGAAGCUGAAAUGAGCCUCGAGCAGUACGAGCAGUUCCUCCGGGGGAUCGACAAGGUGAAGGAGGAGAACUGAGCGGGAGAGGAGGCGUUGGAAGGAUCUUAAUAUUUAAAUAUUCAGUGUACGUUCGUCCUUUUUCUUUAUUUUCCUUUUUUUUAAAUUCUCGUGACACUUGUUUGAGGAAUGGCGGUUGAUAGCACAAAAAAGGGGAAAAUAGGACAGUUUCAGAUUUCCCGGUGGACUGACGAUGUGACGGAAAACAAAAACGGAGGAGGUGAUCGCUACACAGGAAGAGACGAAGAGAGGGGAAAAUAAAGUUCAUACAGAGAGAAAAAAAAGGGGAGAGAGAAAAUACAGAAGAAAAAUAUAAUAAAAGGAAGAAAUGAAAGAAUAGCGAAAAAUGGUUCCUAUUAUUUUGCGCAUAUUCUCCACUGUUUGAUCUCCCUCCCCCCCCUCAAAAAAAAAAGAACUUUCGCUUCCUCUUUCCCACACUCCAGGACUGGCACUUUUGCUCAAAGGAGGAACUCGAGAAUACCUUAUGUGUUCGACAGCCAAGAGGGUUGGAAUGCGAUGAAGCCAGCCGCUGCUAUACUCCGAAAUAUCCUGAUUAUGAAUUUUACACAUACAUUCAUAUUCUAUUUAUUUUCCCGCAUGUGUCUCUCUUUUGUAGUAAUUUUGAAUUUCAUAUUUGUAUUUCAUCCCCCUGGUCUUUGUUUUCCAUGUAUGUGUCCCCCUUUUUUGGAUAAUAUAUAUGUAUUUUUUUAUCCUUCUUUCCGAACUUACAGGAAGAAUAUCGAGCUGAAUAAACCUCGCCCGAAGUAGGUGAAAGAAAGGUUAAAGAUUUCCUUAUACCGAGUCCCACGUGCACCAUAUCCUAACACACACUUAAAAAAAAACACACACUUUGUAUAAUAUCACCAACGAUAAGCUACAACCUUCACUCUUGUUAUCAUGACAGACCAAUCUUUGUGUCGUUGAGAUAACCUGUAUAUUGAUAACCAUGUGAAUCUUUGAGAUAUUUGACUCUGUGCUGUGUACGUUUUAUUAUGUACACACGUGCAGUUUGUUUAAUGUUUUAUGUAUUGCUUAGGAUUUUGAAUUAGAUGACUUACUGAUGGUAGGAAGUUUUAAGCUGUAGUCUCAUUCCAGAAGCUGUAUUAUUGUUGUCAUUAUUAUUAUUAUUAUUGUUUAUUUAUAUCGUUAUUCUUAUUAUUAUUAUUACUUUUCGUAUAUUCUGACACGGGAAAAAAUGAAAGAAAAAAAUACUCCUACAUAUGCAAUUAAAUCAUUGCGUUUGUUCUUUCAAACCUUAGUUCAUUGAUUUUGAUAUCGUGUUCUUUUAUCAUAUGUAAGCUUUUCGAUGUAAGGAAGAAUAGCUCUUAUUUUCUUAUAAUUUUUUUAAUAAACAUUAUAAUUAAUACAUAAUGAGUGGAUGUUAAUGAGACAUUUUCUCUUGUAUCAUUAUUAUUAUUGUCAUUAUUAUCACUAUUAUUAUUAUUAUUAUUAUUAUUAUUAUUAUUAUUAUUAUUAUUAUUACUAUUAUUAUUAUCAUUCAGUUUCAAUUCCAGUUCCCUAAGCUUAGUAGAAUAGAUUCCAGAUGUUUAACUUUGCCGGAUCUUUUGUCCAAGAAACACACCAGUAACAUUAAAAAAAAAAAUUACUAACAAAUGCUAGGUUGAUGUUGUACUGUGUGAAUCCAAUAGAUCUGCAGUGAAUUGAAAUAAUGAUAAACCAGAGUUAACGGCCAGGGAUCAGUUAUAUUUGUGACAACAGAUACUCACAGAGCGUGCCAGUCCGCGUUUAACUGCCCAGGACGUGUUGGCAGAGGUUGGUGAAGGUCGCCUAGGCUCGGCGUUGGAAAGGGGUUGUUAGUGCCAGUGCCAGUGCCAGUAGCAGUACGUGUCGGAUUUCUUUGAGUGUGUGUAUAAGGCCUUCCCCCUCUCUACAGGAAGCAAGAUAUUCCGGAAAACGUUUUCUAAGGAGGAGGCAGAAGUUGAUAAUCCCUUUUAGACGAAGAGGGAAUCAGAGAGAAGCAAAAAUUUGAUAAUCCCAUUUAAGCGAAGAGGAAAUAAGAAAAGGGCAAAAGUUUGAUAAUCUCUUUUAAGCGAAGAGGGAACCAGAAAAAAACAAGAGUUUGAUAUUUCUUUUAGACGAGGAGGGGUAGGCAAGAGAGGAGGGCCCAAUACAUCAAAAGAAAUACGACACUUAUGUAUUGCUGUUGGCAGAACCGUAGUUGCUCUUGGGUGCUGGUUAGGAGGCGUGGCAGGUAAUGGGCGUGGCAGUUAAGAGGCGUGGCAGUAUCUGUUAACUUAAAUCGUAGGUGCUAGAAUCCUCAAGUCGGUUUAAUGAUAAAAGUCUGGACUGGUAAACACAUUAACGGGAGGGAAACACUUUACCACAUGAUGCUUGAGGUAUUGUGUGAGUUUAGUUAAUAUCAUAGUAUUACACUGGUUAGUAUCAUACCAGUUGGUAGAACUCUAGUAUCCACUAAGACCGUGUGUUCAGUAUGCAUUAUAUUUUGUACUAGCUUCAUUUUUUUCUGCUAGCAUCAUAAUGUAUUUGGAGUCUUGCUAGCAACACUUUCUCGUGCUAGCGUUUUCAUGUAUAUUUGUAUCAUACCACCUGCUGGCGUCUGUGUUUCUUCUAGCUUUAUAAUUCCCAAACUAACAUAAAUUUCUUUGUUAGAAUCAUAACAUACCCUAGCGUUAUAUCCUGGGCUAGUAUUUUCGUAUACAGUUAUUAUGCCAUCUGCUGGUAUUAGAGAAUUUAAGAAUUUACUGGUACCGUGUUAUACUGUCUGCUAGCGACACUUAAGCUGGCAUUGUGCCACCGUGAGAGUUAAAACUUGACAUUAGCAAAACGCCAGAAGCGGUUCACGGAGGUCACCUUUUUGCGGUAUAAGGAUGGACGUCCUCCUCAGUACAUAAAGGGGAGAUCUCUUCCCAUGUUAAGAGGGUUGUUUCUGGCAGCCCCUUCUUAUGUUAUGACGGCUUUUCCUCUGUGUAAUGAGGGGAUAUUCCUCUCCUUGUUAGAGUGGAAGUACCUCUGCUUAAGGGAAGAUAUCUAUCAGAUUUCGGGAGGAGGUCCCUCUUUACAUAGAGUGCUGACGUCCUUCCCUGUGUUAGAGUGUGAGAUCCCCUCAGUUAGGAUUUUCGCGCCCCACUGUACAUGAAAGUUGGACCCCUCUUAAGGCUAGGAUGGUCGAUUCCACUCAACAUAAAAGCUGGACCCCCCCCUUAAUGAUAGGAUGGUCGUCAUCUGUGUGUAGAAGACAGGGUUCUCUCUCUGCUCACGAGGUGGUCUCCCAUUAGUUCCAGGGUGGUCGUGUUUCUUGUAUAAGAAAAAGAGUCUCCUGCUAUGUAAUGGUAGAAGUCCUUCUGCCCAUGCUAAAUACCGCAGUGCAAAUGAUGGUAUAUAUAUAAAAAAACACUUCUGUGCAUAUUGAUGUGUUACUCAUGUAUUUACAUGUAAUUACAAACUCGUCACAGUGUUCUUCCAGUCAGGUGUAGAGACUCCUAGUGUAGAAUUGUUAGGUGUUUUAUAUUAAAGUCAAUACCUCAUUCUGAGCUUACCUGGCAAUGUACUCUUAUUCACUUCAACUGUUACACUAAUUCUGUGAAAUGAGAAAAUAAUGUACGAAUAACAAGCUGAUGGCUAAUUAAGAGGAAAAA